UUACAGUCUAGGGGACUCCUGUCACCUGUGUGGUCUGUUCUUGACUAUUGUGUGAGUCACUGACUUUUCCCCCUGGGAAACUACCUUAACUUGUCUUCAACUGAAAUUUUUUCAGCCUGCAAAGAUGAGUUGUGCCUCAGAGGUUGCUCUUGUUCUGAGGUGUCUCUUCACCACUGCCUGUCAGGCUGCUAACCAGAGUGCCUGCCCCAGACCACAGCAGAAGCGACAGCAGCCAAGGAUCGGGGGAGCCCACCCUGCUCCCGGGUAUCUUUACGGCAGGCAGCAGAGUAACAGCCUCAGACUUGACCUCCCCAGCCAGAGACCCCUCAGCCCAGGAGGAGUGAGGCCGGGCCAGCAGCGGGGGCCCGGGAAGCCCCAUGUCUUGGGACCUGCUGGGGCAGGGACCCCUGGAUGUCAGGCUGCAGGUCCGGCAGCUGGGGAGGGGAUGAGGGCCUCCCACCAGCUCUGCCCAUCAGCCAGAUCCCUGGGAGAGGCAGCACUUGCUGGCCACAGAGUCGGCCCCACUCUCACCUGCCUGCCUCCCCCACCAGCUGGGCCCUGCACCGCCCCAGCCCACGCGGCGCCUCACCCCUCCUGGACAGAACAGUAUCUCUGGGACUGACAAGUUAAUCCGAGACCCACAGUAGCCCUGGAUGCCCUGGGAGAGGUGGCUGCUCAGCUCCAGGGCCAGCUUGGAGGAGCCAACUUCAAAAGACUCCGCCUGGCCUGCCCCUCUGCAGUCCUCCAGGCAGCCUGUCCAGGGAAGCGGUUGGCUGGUGUUGGACCUGGUGCGGCAGUGCACACCCCGUCCGAGGACCCCAGGAUCAUGUGCAUGGCCUGCUGGCGGGAGUGAGGGAGGGCAAGACCCUGAAAGGCCCAUGGUACCCCCCAAGCCUGCACUCUGGGCGCUCCUGCUGGCGCUGCUGGGGACCGCGCCAAGCCGCGCCUAUUCCCCGGCCUGCAGCGUCCCCGACGUGCUCCGCCACUAUCGCGCCAUCAUCUUCGAGGAUCUGCAGGCCGCCGUGAAGUGGGGCGGGGCGGGGGCCGAAAAGACCAGGCCAGGCUCCAGACACUUUCAUUUCAUACAGAAAAACCUGACUAGACCCGGGAGCUCGGGACGGCGGGGACGGCCUCGGGCCUCCUGUGGCGCCCAGAAGGAGCACAGUAUCCUCCUGUCCAUCUCGUCCCUGGGUCGGACCCUGCGCGGGGCGGUGGCCGGGGACCGCCGCGGGGCCCUGGAGAGAGCUGCUUGGACCGUGGCUGUGCGCACGGAGGCGGUGAUGCGGCGCCACUGCAGGACGCUGCGCCAGCGGAGCCGGCGGCCCAAGAUGCGCCCUGCCCGGCGUCGCGGCGGUCGAAGGCAGCUCCUGCUGCGCGCCCUGGACGCCGUCGCCACCUGCUGGGAGAAGCUCUUCGCGCUGCGCGCCCCGGCCUCCAGGGGCUCCUAGCGCGGCCCGUCUUGGCCCUGCCUCCAGCGCCCUGCGCGGGGAGGAGAACCAGCGGGGCCUUCGGCAGAGCCUGGAGACGCGCCUCGUUUUGUCGACAUGUUGGUGACCUCGGCCCCUCGCUCGACGCAGCCCGCGCUCCCCGGAGGGCCCAGGACUUGGAGAAGGGAGCGCGCCUGGCCGCCGCUGGGUCUCGGAGGAGGCCCGCCCUCCACGCGCCGAAGGCCUCAAUAAACGGAGCUGGCGCUGCGGGUCCGGCA